CACGCAACGGACAUUGUACGCAUGCGCGUCCUGUUGCGUUACGGGGGCAUCUACCUCGACGCCGACGUGUUCGUGGUGCAGUCUCUCCGGCGGUUCCUUCGCUACGAGGCAACCGUGGCUUGCGCAGAAGGUGGCGUCUUCGGCAACAUGAUAAUGAUCGCGCACAAGAACUCCCGCGUCAUGCGUCUGUUCAUGGACACCUACCGCGAGUUCAAUGCAUCACUGUGGGACUACAAUUCUGCCGAUGUGCCCACCACACAACUGGUUGUCAAGCGGGCUCACCUGUUCCACCGCAUGUACCACGGCCUGGAGACGUACAUGCUCCCCGGUGUCUACUUACCCCACUUUAUCCCCGACUGGCGCAACGCCUACGCCAUGCACACCUUAGUGAACUACCGCAAUGAUGUGAAAGGCGACCCGCUGAUCGGUCAAGAGCUGAACGAGACGAACAUCAGGAACUACGAUACCGCCCUGGGACAGAUGGCUCGCUCAGUUCUUUUCGGCACGUCUGAUUUUGUCGCUCCGGAUGCUCGCCUGCUGAAUGUUACUGAACUCGCUGCCAUGAAGGACCGCGGCGAAGACCUUACUCGAAUGGACACUGGAAGUUCGAGACCGUUCUAUUACUCAAAGUAGUUGCCGGGAAUG